AUGACGGAAGCAACGCCAGAGGAUGCUGCGGCUCAGCGCGCGGCCGAACAAGUCCGUCUUCGCAAGGCGAAACGCGAGGCGAAAAUUCGUGCUGGCGGUACGGCGAGACUCAACAAAAUCACUGGUCUUGGUGGAGGAUUUCAGCGAGAUGAACCCGUAUCGACGCCACCCUCAACAUCAUCAUCCCCAGCUCCCCCUGCCACGGCGGGUCUGCCGAAGCCCAAAGUGAGCGCCGAACAUGCAGACCCUGAGGAAAUCGACAUUUCUCAGCACUACUACGAACCUGCCUUGACACCCCGUCCAUCCGCCACGGGACAGCCCUUUGACCCGAACUCAAUGAACGAAGACCAGCUUCGACAGAUGAUGCUCGGCUUCGAGGGUCCCGGCGCCGGCGGAGCCCCGCCCAACCCUUUUGCAGGUCCUGGCAUGCCCGGCGGCGAAGACGACCCCUUGAUGAAGAUGCUCUCGCAGAUGAUGGCCGGUGGUGGCGGUGCCGGUGGAAUUCCGGGCUUCCCCGGCGCUGGCGGUGCGCAGGGCGGUUUCCCCGCGGGAUUCCCUGGUAUGCCUGGCAUGCAAACACCCGAGCAAGCCAAGGCCUCUUCGUCCGCCUAUAUCUGGCGCAUCGUCCACGCCGUUUUCGCAAUCUCCCUAGGUCUCUACAUCGCCCUCACGACGACAUUCUCCGGCAGCAAGCUCGAGCGUGAACGUACGGCGCUGGCUUACAACUACCCCACGGGCAGCGAUGAGGCGGCCACAGACGUCAACAGUAUGGAGAAGGGCCGCGAGAUCUUCUUUUGGAUUUUUGCGACGACCGAGGCUGUGUUGCUUACGACUAGGUUCUUCAUUGAGCGUGGACGGGCGCCUCCGCCGGGCAUGUUGUGGACUGUUGUGGGAUUCUUGCCUGGUUCGAUCAAGACUUAUGCUGAGACGGCAUUGCGAUAUGCACAGAUCUUCUUGACGGUAAGGAGUGAUAUCCUCGUCUGUGUGUUUGUCUUGGGUAUUGCUUCGUUGAUCCGCGGUUGA